AUGAGCAUAGUAAUUGCGGUGAUUAUGGUGCUGGAUUAUUUGAUGCGGUCUCCGCUGAACGUAUCAAACGAGGCGAUACUAUAUGGCGCAGCUGGUUUGAUCGAUCUCAUCUCUGCUGUUGCUACCUUGUUCUUUACCAUGGACAAUUCAAUCUGCAAGGUUAGACCCAGGUUUGAUUUCUGGAAUACUUGUGGUGCACAUUUUGCCGUUGUCAUUCUGUUAUGGACCUCGACUUUUCUGCUCGUUUCGUACGCGAUUUGUCUGGCUUUUAUAGCGAAGCGAUACAGCCAGCUUCAUCCUUUGGACAAGGAGUCUGUUUGGAACAAGAAAGUCAAACAAGUUUCUUGGAGUCGGACGAGCUAUUCCCCUCAAAAUCUACCCGGGAGACGACUCCAGAAAAGGGGCCCGCUUGAUAUCGAGUCUUUACGCAGGGUAGUCGCAGAUAAGGACAGCCGGACGCUCUCACGUCAAAUGGGCUAUUCUUAUUCAUCGCCACUACCAGCCACCCCAUCUCGGCCUAUUGGCCGCCCUCCUGGGUUGGAUUCUCCCGUUGGGUUUGCAGAACGCAUGGGUUAUUUCCGCCGAGAAGCUCAAGGAGAAUACGUCCCCUCAACCCCAACGCUCCGCCAAGAGCCUUCACUGGGGCACCCACACCGCGUCCCCGCACAAGAAGUCGAACGUGGCGCUGUUUUUCGUAUGCAGACGCCUGGUGUGAAUGGGAUUCGCCGACCAUCAUUCCCGGACUUGCCAAAUCCUUUCCCUUUGCCGCAUGCGUCCCAUGGCUCUACGCAACCUAUCCAAAUAACUGUAGAACCAGCGCCUCGUUCAUGGACGCCGUCCCACUCUUCGGCAAAUUCUAAUGGGAGUAGUCCAGGUUUUGCGGGGCUUGGUGCUGGGCCGGAACCUGAGAAGGGCAUACUUCGCAUCUCUCCCCCAGCUCCUCUUGGAUCACCUCGCAGCCGAGGCACGAGCUCGCCAAGGACUGAGCUCAUCCAAGGAGCAAGGAACAGCGUGUUUAUCCAUGGCCAGCAAAGGCCGUCCCGUGUAUCUGCACCAUUCGUACCUGUCAACACACCUCCACUUUCACUUCCAAGACAUUCACUUCAACCCAUACGACCACUAAAUUUGCCCAGUUCGCCUCGAUCUAAUCAGCCCACCGACACACAACACUUACCUAGCUACCCGCGCAAGUAUUCUCUACCCCACUCACCCCUGGCAACGGCAGUACCCAAAAUUCCAGCACCGGCAGCAUAUAGGUCGACCUCCUUGUCUUCGUCCCAGAUUCCAUCCAAUGCUGGACAUCCUUACACGUCAACGACACCAGUACGCCCGUUGAUUAUCAAACCCACACUCACUAUGCUACCGCCUGUUGCACUAUCCCCUUCUACCAAGCAAAGGGUAUCCAAUCCCGCAUACCCCCUACCUCUUCCACCACUGUCUACUUACCCGAUUAAGUCUGUCGCGGGGUCUGUACGCCCUUCGACCCAGGAGCUCCUCAAGGGGGAUUCGUCGUCUUUCGCUGAUGGGUCCGUGCAAAGGGACAUGCAUGGGAUGAAAGAGCGCCCUCUAUCCGCUGUAUCAACGGUGUCUUAUUAUAGUACAUCAAGUGCAUCUCAUGGUCCUCAGCCAGUUCGUGAAUAUCUCCUUUCACUUGCUUCCCCCAGUGGCACCCAGAUGGGAGAUUCAGCCACUGAUGAAUCUCUUCAACGAUCCGACUCAGCACUUUCCCGACGCUCUUCGAAGUCGAAAAAAGCACCGACGGUCACACGUUCAUCGUCACGUCACGGUCCAGCACCACAAAAUUUAUGGGGAGGAACUGGGAAUGGCCCCACACGACACAGCCUUGCAUCUCAGUUUCAGCGGCCUCAAGUUCGGCGAGUUCUGGACAGCGGAGGCCAACGAUAA